AUGAGUUUCUUGGUGCAGAAGAAGGUGACGGACGAUCAGCCAUCGACGACUAUUCCGAUCGGUAGUUGGAAUCUCCCCUCUGAUAUGGUCCUGGCAGACCCAGGUUUCAACAAACAGGUUCCAUUAGACAUUCUACUGGGUUUGGAGUAUUUCUACGAGUUACUGUUAUUGAAUGGAGGUCGGGUCCAAAUUCAGCGGAUAGGUGAGGGUCUACCGCUCUUCGUUAAUACCGUUUUUGGGUGGAUAGCAGCUGGCAAGGCGGAUUUUGGCAGUCUGAACCCAGUUCCAUGCUGCCACGUGUCGGUUGACCCGACUCUAGGUGAGAAGAUCGAACGGCUCUGGAAAAUUGAAGAGAUGCCAGAUGUACCACGGUGGACCAAAGAAGAGCAGGAUUGCGAGGAGCACUUUGAAGCUACUUUCUCUAGAGAUGCCACGGGGAGGUACGUUGUGCGUCUGCCAAAACGAAUGGGAUUUGAGCGGAUGGUCGGUGAAUCAAAGGAUAUGGCCGUGCGAAGACUGGUGUAA